CCCCCCUCCUCUCCCCCCAGCGUGUCGCGGCGGGGCGGGAUGAGAACUUCCGCGGCUACGCACAGAAAGAGGCCCACGACUUUCUGGCACAGCUGUUGGACUGGCUACACACCGACCUGGCCGACGAGACCGGGACGGCACAGGAGUCCAACGGGGACGUCAGCGCAGAACCAGGCAGCGACAAGGUUGAGUCCCCCAUCUCCCGGCUGUUCCGCACCACUCAGCUCAACUCCGUCUUCUGCGGCAGGACGGGCAUUAGCCUGACCCAAGUUGAGGAAGCCGCCUUGAACCUCUCUCUCCCCGUCACUCGAGAAGGUCCCACGAGCCUCGAGGAGGUGAUUGAGAAGAGCUUCACGCCGCAGAUGAUGGUGUGGGACUGUGGCGAGUGCGGGGCAUCACACGAAUGCGAGAACCGGACAGACAUAACGAAGCUGCCAGAGAUCUUGGUUCUUCAUCUGAGUAGGGUGAGCGAGGUGGCCAACAGUCAUCAGAAGCUACGUGUGUUCUACCCUGCCGCGGGCCUCCAGGUGGGCGCGACCAAUAGCGGGGCGAGCCGGAGCUACAGGCUGGCGGCGUUGUGCUGUCAUGACGGCGGUAUGAACGGGGGUCACUAUACCGCCUUCUGCAGGGUCAACGCGCUCUGGUUUUCGUUCAAUGACACGUUCGUUUGCCGCGUUCAACCCAAGGAUGUCCUGGACAGACCCUCGGCGCAUAUACUCUUCUAUGAGGCCGAGGAUGUGUCGUAGUGAGGUCGUAGUGAGGUCGUAGUGAGGUCGUAGUGAGGUCGUAGUAAGGUCGUAGUGAGGUCGUAGUAAGGUCGUAGUGAGGUCGUAGCUGUUCUUAGUUCGUUUGCAAAGUCGUUCCUGUCGUGUUGAGAUGAGGUUGGUAUUCUUAGAUGAUUCCACCCCUCACAUCAUGUAUUUCCCAAGGCCAAAAUAGAGAUCAGUCGGGUUCUAAUGAGUGUUGCCUUAGGUUCACGGUACAGAGGAAGGGUCAAACUACACACCAACUACUUCCAAAGGUCAACAAUAAGAUCUGUCGGGUUCUAAUAAGUGUUGCCUUAGGUUCACGGUACAGAGGAAGGGUCACACUAUCACCAGGGCCAUAAAACUACCCCUGGAAAUGCUCAAGACUCCUAUGAAAUGGCCCUAAAAAGUAUAUCAAUCGGAUUCAAAUGAGUGUUGCCUUAGGUUCACGGUACAGAGGAAGGGUCACACUAUCACCAGGGCCAUAAAACUACCCCUGGAAAUGCUCAAGACUCCUAUGAAAUGGCCCUAAAAAGUAUAUCAAUCGGAUUCAAAUGUGUGUUUCCUUAGGUUCACGGCACAGAGGAAGGGUCACACUACCACCAGGGUCAUAAAACUACCCCUGGAAAUGCUCAAAACUCCUAUGAAAUGGCCCUAAAAAGUAUAUCAAUCGGAUUCAAAUGUGUGUUUCCUUAGGUUCACGGUACAGAGGAAGGGUCACAAUACCACCAGGGUCAUAAAACUACCCCUGGAAAUGCUCAAAACUCCUAUGAAAUGGCCCUAAAAAGUACAUCAAUCGGAUUAAAAUGUGUGUUUCCUUAGGUUCAUGGUACAGAGGAAGGGUCACACUACCACCAGGGUCAUAAAACUACCCCUGGAAAUGCUCAAAACUCCUAUGAAAUGGCCCUAAAAAGUACAUCAAUCGGAUUCAAAUGUGUGUUUCCUUAGGUUCAUGGUAUAGAGGAAGGGUCACACUACCACCAGGGUCAUAAAACUACUCCUGGAAAUAGCCCUUAAGACUCCUAUGAAAUGGCCCUAAAAAGUAGAUCAAUCGGGCUCAAAUGAGUGUUGCCUUAGGUUUACGGUACAGAGGAAGGGUCACACUACCACCAGGGUCAUAAAACUACCCCUGGAAAUAGCCCUUAAGACUCCUAUGAAAGCCUUGUCAAAUAUAUGUUUCUUAGGUUCGUGGUGCAGAGGAAGGGUCACACUACCACCAGGGUCAUAGAACUACCCUUGGAAAUAACCCUUAAGACUCCUAUGAAAGCCUUGUCAAAUAUAUGUUUCUUAGGUUCGUGGUACAGAGGAAGGGUCAGACUACCACCAGGGUCAUAAAACUACCCCUGGAAAUAACCCUUAAGACUCCUAUGAAAGCCUUGUCAUAUAUGUGUUUCUUAGGUUCGUGGUACAGAGGAAGGGUCACACCACCACCAGGGUCAUAAAACUACCCUUGGAAAUAACCCUUAAGACUCCUAUGAAAGCCUUGUCAAAUAUAUGUUUCUUAGGUUCGUGGUGCAGAGGAAGGGUCACACUACCACCAGGGUCAUAAAACUACCCCUGGAAAUACCCAAGACUCCUAUGAAAGCCUUGUAAAAUAUGUGUUUCUUAGGUUCGUGGUCCAGAGGAAGGGUCAGACUACCACCAGGGUCAUAGAACUACCCC